CUCGCUCUACCAAAAUGAAUGAUGUAUUUCUUAGCUUCAGAGGGGAGGAUACUCGCACCAACUUCAUUAGUCAUCUUUACAAGGCUCUGUAUAAGAAACCAGUCAACGCAUUCAUUGAUGAUAAUCUUAGAAGGGGAGAAGAUGUUUGGCCUGCACUUUCCAAAGCAAUCGAGGAGUCGCACAUAUCGGUGGUUGUUUUUUCAGAAAAUUAUGCAUCCUCGAAGUGGUGCUUGGAAGAACUCGUCAAGAUACUUGAGUGCAGAAAAGAUCAUGGUCAGGUUGUUAUGCCUGUUUUCUACGAAACAGAUCCGUCAGACAUAAGGAAGCAGGCUGGCACUUACGAGACAGCGUUCGCGAAACAUGAGCGAGAUCUUAGGGUCGAAGACAGCGAAUCGAACAAACAAAAAGUACUUAAGUGGAGAGUUGCUCUGUCUGAAGCAGCCAAUAUAUCUGGUUGGGACUCUCGAAACCAUAAGGAUCCUUUUCAGUUCAUCCAUAACAUUGUCGAAGACGUUUGGCAAAAGCUGUCCCUGAUGUAUCCUAAUGAACUGAAAGGCCUUGUUGAAAUUGAUGAAAACAGUAAAUCCAUCGAAUCAUUACUGCAUAAUGUUCCAAGAAUUGGAAUUUGGGGUAUGGGCGGUAUAGGUAAGACAACCAUAGCUAGAGAUAUGUUUGCCAAACACUUUCCACAAUAUGACAGUGCAUGCUUCCUGGCAAAUGUAAGAGAAGAAACAAAAAAGCCCGGUGGACUAGAAUAUACACGGAAUAAGCUUCUAUCUGAGCUACUAAAGGAACCAAUUACAACAUCUCAUGUGACUGGAUCAACAUUCAUUAAGAGGAGGCUCAGUAGCAAAAAAGUUUUCAUUGUACUUGAUGAUGUGGAUAGUUCUGAUCAAUUAGAAUAUUUGUGUAGAGAUCUAGAUGACCUUGGACCAGAUAGUAGACUCAUUAUAACAACAAGAAAUAGGCAUCUGCUUUGUGGAAGUGUUAAUGAGAUAUAUGAGGUCACGAUAUGGAAGUUUCCAGAAUCUAUGAAGCUUUUCUGCUUAAAAGCUUUCGGGCAAAACCAUCCUCUAAAGGGUUAUGAGCAUCUUUCGGUAAGGGCAGUUGAAUAUGCUCGGGGCCUUCCAUUAGCUCUUGAAGUUUUGGGUUCAUAUCUUCGUUCGAAAAGUAUUAGAUCUUGGGAAAGUACUUUGAGAGAAUUCAAGAAGUAUCCUGAUGAGAAAAUUCAAAACUUGUUGAAAGUGAGCUAUGAUGGAUUAGAUGGUCUAGAGAAGAUGAUAUUUCAAGACAUUGCAUUUUUUUUCAUAGGAGAAAAGAAAGAUCAUGUCAUAAGGAUACUAGAUGCAUGUGGUUUCGAAGCAAGUAGUAGAAUAGAAGUACUUGAAGACAAAGCUUUGAUAACUAUUUCAAAUAGCGAUAGAAUACAAAUGCAUGACUUGCUACAAAAAAUGGCUUUGGAAAUAUUACGUGAAGAUCGUAGCCGAAACCCUGCAAGACGUAGCCAAUUGUGGGAUGCUCGUGAAGUAAUAGAACAAAACAAGAGUACUGAUAUAAUUCAAGGCAUAAUAUUAGAUUUGUCUGAGUUUUUGUUGAGUCGCUCAGUUUGUGAGAGUUUAUAUGAAGAUCAUCAUUCUGUUUUAUCCGCCAAUACACUUAAUACUUUGAAACUGUAUGUUGUGUGGACUGGAUACCCUUGUAAAUCUCUUCCACCACCACCUUUUUAUGCGCUCGUUGAGAUUCGCAUGCCGCACAGCAACGUUAAACAACUGUGGCAGGGGAUACAGGAAUUUGGUAAUUUGAAGGGAAUCGACCUAAGUGAAUGCAAACUGCUUGUAAAGCUUCCUGAUUUGUCUAAGGAAUCAAGACUUAAAUGGAUGAAUCUCUCUGGUUGUGAGAGUUUGUGUGAUCUUCAUGAUACUGUUUUAUCUGCCAAUACACUUAGUACUUUAAUACUGGAUAGGUGUAUAAAUCUUGAGAGUGUUAAUGGCAAGAAGAAUUUAAAAUCUCUGGUGAAAAUCAGUGUCAAUGACUGCUUAAGUCUCAAGGAAUUUGCAGUGUCUUCGAAUUUAAUUGAAAACUUGGAUUUAAGCAAUACAGGAAUCCAAAGAUUGGACACAUCAAUUGGUCUUCUACAGAAUCUUAAGUGGCUUAAUGUGGAGGGUUUAAGACUCACGCAUCUUCCAAAGGAGUUAUCUUGCCUGAAAUCUCUUAAGGUGCUGAAGCUUUCUUACAAGGGACCAUCAAUUGACAAAAAGCAGCUAAAUUCCCUGUUUGAUGGCUUACGAUCUCUACAAAUACUAUAUCUGAAGGACUGUAGUAACUUGUUUGAACUCCCUGACAACAUCCGCGUCUUAUCACAAUUACAGGAAUUAAGGCUUGAUGGAAGCAAUGUGAUAAGGUUGCCUGCAAGCAUCAUGCAUCUCUCAGAGCUAGAAAUUCUGUCAUUAGAGAAUUGCAGGAAGCUUCGGUCUCUGCCAGAGCUUCCACCCUCCAUCAAACAGUUAUAUGCCAUUAAUUGCACGUCAUUGGUGUCUGUGUCAAAUUUAAAGACUUUGGCAACAAAGAUGAUAGGAAAGGCCAAAAACAUUUCAUUCAAAAACAGCUUGAAAUUGGAUGUACAUUCACUAAAACGUAUUGUGGAAAGCCUCCAUUUAACAAUGAUGAGUGCAGCAUUUCACAAUGUGUUAGUAAGAAGACUCCCUGUGGCCGAACACUACUACAAUUAUACCAGUGUAGAGGUUUGUUUACCAGGAAGCACAGUCCCAAGGCGGUUCAAAUAUCGAACAAAAGAGUCCUCCAUUACCAUUGAACUUCCUAGCCGUUCCAACUUGCAGGGCUUUAUUUACUCAAUGGUUCUUUCUCCAGCCGGUGGAAUGAAGGAUGGCACUAAAUUAAAAUGUCAAUGCCAAUUGCCAGACACUGAUUUCUCCAUUGUGACAUGGCUAAAUACUGAUAUCACGGAAUUGAACUCCGAUUAUGUUUAUGUAUGGUAUGAUCCAUUCCAUUGUGACAGCAUUCUCAAAUUUUAUGAACCAAAGGUUCGUUUUGACUUCUGUGUUGCAAAUAAUAAGGGAGAGGUUGAUGGUUCGAUCUGUAUCAAAGAGUGUGGAGUAUGCCUCAUAAGUGUUUCAGACUCACAGUGUGUUUUACCCAAAUUGGACUUGGAUACAGAUAAGAGAAAGGCCUUGGAGAAGGGAUUAGAGUUGGAAACAGCGCUUAUCUUAAGCUUGACAUCAAUUGAAAGAUCUGAUGAGAAGGAAAUCAAAAGACCGAGUGAACAGUCUUCUAGUGAUGAUACAAUUGUCAUAGAACCAAAGUCAGUCACGGUUGAACUCAAAUCAGCUGAAGAAUACAAUGGGAGUAAAUACCAUUUUUCUGAUGUAAAAGAGAGCGUCGGAUCUACUCACAAGAAAACCAUGACCGGUGGAGGAAGUAAUAGACCAAGUCCGACAAGGAAAAGGAAAUGGCUGGUUUUUGGAGAAUCGAAUUCAGAGUUCCGUCAAAGCCAAAAGGCUCUCGGAUAUGCUGACAAAGAAACCAAAACUUCUCCAGGAAGAGGUUGUGAGAAGAAUACCAAAGAGUCUACAAAAGCUGUUCCUGCAUCUUACACAACUGAUCCUUCUUUUGGCCAGUACUUCAACCGAAGAAACAGUUCAACUGAGGACCAACAAUGUAACAUGGAGGAAGAGAAAAAUUACUCUGACCUCUCUUUCAAAAUCCAAACAAAGUGCAUGCUUCUCUAUCAAUCUUCCACAAGCAUGUUUCAAGAAAAGGAGCUAGUAAAGAAACGGGACACAUUGAUAUUCAAUGAAAUUGCAAAGCAAAUCGAUUUUUCAUCUGAGAGGAAAGCAACCAAAUCUGAAUAUCCAUCCACUCAGCAAUUAUUCUCAGAAAUGGCCACAACCAAACCUGAAAUACAAAGUAAUUAUUCCACGAACUAUGGUUCUGAUUAUUGCAGGAAGGAAGGGAAUCAAAAUGAUGGCUACUCCUAUUCCACAAGAAUAGGAACUGUUAAGGAACCUAGAGUUGUGAUUCAAACUACAAGCGAAAUCGAUAUUCUUGAUGAUGGCUAUAGUUGGAGAAAAUAUGGAACGAAAGUAGUUAAAGGAAACCCAAAGCCAAGGAGCUACUACAAAUGUCUAACCCGAGGUUGUCCAGUGAGAAAACAUGUUGAGCGAGCUACACAUGAUAUGAACGCUGUAAUCACAACCUAUGAAGGGAAACACAACCAUGAUAUACCUAUAGGAUGAGGAAGUGCAAGUCAUAGUAUGAACAAAACUUCUAUGAACAGCAACACCAGCAAUGUACCUACCCCGCCCCUAUAAGGCCUUCAAUGGAGACUAAUUGCUCUAGCUCAGCAAGUUUCACAAAUUCACUUCAUGAUACAAAGAUGCCAACAUCUGGAAGUCAAGAACCUUUUCCACUAGACUUGCUGCUUAGCCCUGGAAGCUUUGGAUAUUCAGCUUUGGAUAGAUCAAUGAGUUCAUAUACCAAUCCUGAACAAUACUCAGAUGCUGCAAACUUGGCUAAGGGUGACUCAUUCCUUCACUCUUUUCUGUCAAAAGAACUUUUAAUUUUGGAAUUAGAACGUUCCACAUGUUAUCAUAGAUAUGUUUUUGUAGGAAUUUAGUUAUUAAUCCCAGAA